AUGAGCAAGCCGGCGGGAUCAACAAGUCGCAUUUUGGACAUCCCCUGCAAAGUGUGCGGGGACCGCAGCUCCGGCAAGCACUAUGGGGUGUACGCCUGCGAUGGCUGCUCGGGUUUCUUCAAGCGGAGCAUCAGGAGGAACAGGACCUACGUCUGCAAGUCGGGAAAUCAGGGGGGCUGUCCGGUGGACAAGACGCACAGGAACCAGUGCCGGGCCUGCCGGCUGAAGAAGUGCUUGGAAGUCAACAUGAACAAAGACGCUGUGCAGCACGAACGAGGUCCACGCACAUCAACAAUACGGAAGCAGGUGGCCCUCUACUUCCGCGGACACAAGGAGGAGAGCAGCGGUGCCCCACACUUUCCUGCCACUGCCCUGCCAGCACCCGCUUUCUUCACUGCAGUCUCCCAGCUGGAGCCCCAUGGCCUGGAACUGGCUGCCGUUGCUGGCACCCCUGAGAGGCAGGCCCUGGUGGGCCUGGCGCAGCCCACCCCAAAGUACCCGCAUGAAGUCAAUGGUACCCCCAUGUAUCUCUACGAGGUGGCCACCGAAUCUGUCUGUGAGUCAGCAGCCAGACUUCUGUUCAUGAGCAUCAAGUGGGCCAAGAGUGUCCCGGCCUUCUCCACCCUGUCCUUACAAGACCAGCUGAUGCUUUUGGAAGAUGCUUGGAGAGAACUGUUUGUUCUAGGAAUAGCACAAUGGGCCAUUCCAGUUGAUGCUAACACUCUACUGGCUGUAUCUGGCAUGAACGGUGACAAUACAGAUUCUCAGAAGCUGAAUAAAAUUAUUUCAGAAAUACAGGCUUUACAGGAGGUUGUGGCUAGAUUUAGACAACUCCGUUUAGAUGCUACUGAAUUUGCCUGUCUCAAAUGCAUCGUCACUUUCAAAGCUGUGCCGACACACAGCGGGUCCGAGCUGAGGAGCUUCCGGAAUGCCGCUGCCAUCGCCGCCCUCCAGGACGAGGCCCAGCUCACCCUGAACAGCUACAUCCAUACCAGGUACCCUACACAACCCUGUCGUUUCGGAAAACUUUUAUUGCUUCUACCAGCUUUACGUUCUAUUAGUCCAUCUACAAUAGAAGAAGUGUUUUUCAAAAAGACCAUUGGGAAUGUACCAAUCACAAGACUGCUUUCAGAUAUGUACAAAUCCAGUGACAUAUAA